GAAACUACACGUGUGGAGGAAUAGUUUCGCUUUCAGUUGUGUCCUCAACGCUCCUCAGGAAGACAGCAAUGGCCGCACCAGUAGCCGCAGAAACAUGCAGAUUUGUCCAAGCCGGUGCAGCAAAAGGCUCGCAAGACCACGGCGGACACGUCCAUGACCAUGGUGGUCACGGCCACACACACGAGCGCAUGGACACUCCAGGAAGCUACGUGGCCCGCGCGAAGCCUAUCACGAGAACGGAUUUCUCGAAGCGCGCCUUUACUGUGGGCAUCGGUGGACCCGUGUGCUCUGGAAAGACUGCUCUUGUCCUGGCGCUCUGUCAGUACCUCCGGAACAAGCAUAACAUCUGUGUAGUCACCAAUGAUAUCUUCACCAGGGAGGAUUGGGAGUUCCUCGUCCGUAACGAUGCGUUGCCGGAAGAACGACUGCGAGCCGUGGAAACGGGAGGCUGUCCCCAUGCCGCCAUUCGAGAGGAUUACUCCGUGAACAUGGACGUGGUGCGCGAACUAUCUCGAAAGUUCUCUCCCGAGAUGAUCCUGGUAGAGAGCGGCGGGGACAACCUGGCUGCCAACUUCAGCCGUGAACUGGCCGACUACAUCAUCUACGUGGUUGACGUGGCGGGCGGGGACAAGAUACCGCGCAAGGGCGGGCCCGGGGUCACCGAGAGCGACCUCCUGGUCAUUAACAAGACCGACCUGGCGGAAGCCGUCGGAGCAGACCUCAACAGAAUGGCGCAGGACGCGAACUUCAUGAGACAGGGCGGCCCCACUAUUAUGGCUCAGGCGAAGCACGGCGUGGGAGUUCCUGAAGUGUCGGAGCAGAUUCUCAGGGCCGCUUUCGACGCUGUACAGAGGCAAUGAUGCCGUCAUCCGUAACUCCGACCACUCGUAGCAUAGCAGAAAAAGAAAGACACAUUCUAAAAAAGUAUUGUCAUUCUUCUUUUCCUAACGGGUACGUUAAACUCAAUGGUGAUCAGAUUCAGACAGCUAUACGCGUAAUAUGAGAAUAUCAGAUUUUA